AUGGUUGAUAUUGCUUCGUCCCAUAGUAUUUUCUCCUUCAUGGAUGGUUCAUCUGGUUACAAUAAGAUUAAGAUGGCCCUUGAAGAUGAGAAAUUCACUGCCUUUCGCACCCCCAUAGGUGUGUUUUGUUAUAAGGUGAUGCCCUUCAGCCUCAAGAAUGUCGGGGCCACCUAUCAGCGUGCCAUGACAGUCAUUUUCGAUGAGCUGAUUCAUGAGCAAGUUGAAAGCUAUGUGGAUAAUUUAGUGGUCAAAAGCAAGGUCCGUAGUGAUCACCUUCGCGACCUACGAAUCGUUUUUGAGCGCUUAAGAAAGCAUGAUUUGAAGAUGAAUCCAUUAAAGUGUGUAUUUGGUGUCACUACGGGGAAGUUUUUUGGUUUUAUUGUUCGCUAUCGUGGCAUUGAGAUUGAUCCCUCCAUGAUCAAGGCCAUAGUGAACUUGAAACCCCCUAAGAGUCUUACCCAGUUGAGGUCGUUUCAGGGGAAGCUUGCUUUCUUGCGGAGAUUUAUCUCCAAUCUCGCCGGUAGAUGUCAUCCCUUUACUGCUUUAUCGAUGAAGGAUGCUCGCUUUCAUUGGGAUAAGAGUUGUCAUGAGGCCUUUGAGAGCAUAAAGCGCUACCUGACGAAUCCCCCAGUGUUAGCUGCACCCAUCCCUGGCAGAUCGUUGAUCCUCUACACUACGGCUUUGGAUGAGUCACUUGGUGCAAUUUUAGCUCAAGAAAAUGUGGAAGGAAAAGAUAAUACCUUGUACUACCUUAGCAGACGUUUGAUUCCUGCAGAGCUAAAAUACCCGGCAAUGGAAAAGCAGUGUUUGGCUUUGAUUUUUGCUGUUCAGAAGCUUAGACACAAUAUGCUUUCACACAAGAUCAGUCUAAUUUCUCGACGGGCCGUCAAAGGACAGGCUCUAGCUGACUUUCUUGCCUCUCACCCGAUCCCUGCAGAUUCCCCACUUAAUGACGAUUUGCCCGAUGAAUUAGUCAUGAGUGUGGAAGAACAGGAGUCCCAUACUUGGGAGGAAGGUUUAGGACUUAUUUUUGUGUCUCCUGAAGGCCACACCCUGCGUUACUCCUACUGUCUUUCAGAAUCUCGUACUAAUAAUGAAGCUGAGUACGAAGCCCUAAUUGUAGGACUUGAGUUGGCCAUUCAGAUGAGCAUUGUGCGGGUGAAAAUCUUUGGAGAUUCCCAACUAAUCAUUAAUCAAGUGGCUGUUAUUUUCAAAGUUCUCAAACCUGAGCUCUUGCCUUACCCCGAUAGGGUGAUGGAGCUCUUAGCGGAUGCACUAGCUAAACUUGCUAAGGAGUUGGCUGACCCUACUGGAAACCCGGUGUCGAUUGUGGUCCAGUAUCGACAAGCCUUGUGCCCCGCGGACUUGUCUUCUUCUGAUCAGACCCUCGCAGUGUUCGCUGUUGUGGAAGAGUCAGAUUGGAGAGUCCCCUUUAUUGAGUACUUGAAGCAUGGAAAGCUUCCGGAUGACCGCUCUCUUGCCACUCAGAUUAGAAAGAGAGCUUUGUCCUUCUCCUAUGUGAAUGAAACCCUGUACCGAUGCUCUUUUGACCAGAUGUGGUUGCGUUGCCUCAACAACGAGGAGGCUCGUAAGGUCAUGGGCGAAGUACACGAGGGACUUUGUGGUGCUUAUCAGUCCGGACCUAAGAUGAAGGUCAUAAUUAAACGCCUUAAUUAUUACUGGCCGACGAUGAUCCGUGAUUGUAUGGAGCACACUAGGAAGUGCCACCAAUGCCAGAUUCAUAAUACUGUUAUCCACCAACCUCCUAAUUCGCUGCACCCCACUGUGUCUUCUUGUCCUUUUGUAAGUUGGGGCACGGAUGUAGUGGGUCCUAUUGACCCUCCUUCCUCUAAGGGUCAUAGGUUUAUUCUGGCUGCUACUGAUUACUUCUCUAAGUGGGCAGAAGCUAUCCCGCUUAAGGAAGUCAAAUCAGAAGAUGUGAUGCGCUUCUUUCGUAAUCAUGUUGUCUACCAUUUUGGUGUUCCACACCGUAUAAUUUCGGAUAACGGCCCGUCUUUUAGAAGCACCAAGAUUGCUAGAUUUGCCCGCCUCCAUAACAUAAAUUGGCUCUAUUCCUCGAUUUACUAUCCUAGGGCUAAUGGUUUGGCUGAAACAUUCAAUAAGACCUUAGUCCAAUUGAUAAGAAAUAUUCUUGUGUGUACACCAUAUGCUUUAACUUUUGGGGUUGAAGCUGUCCUCCCACUAGAGGUCGAGCUCCCUUCGUUGCGCGUAGCAGUUAGCCACAAUCUUUCGCAUGAAGAUAAUGCCCGACUCCGGUUGGAAGAGCUUGAUGGUUUAGAAGAGCUUCGUUUGCAAGCUUAUCAGAACCUUAAGUUAUACCAGGCCCAUAUGGCCCAGGCACAUGAUCGCCUUGUUCGACCCCGUGCUUUUCAAGUCGGGGAAUUAGUCCUUGUCUUACGUAGGCCUAUCAUCUCGCAGCAUCGCCGAGGUGGUAAGUUUGAGCCCGUUUGGGAAGACCCAUUCAUUGUAGAGCAAGUGUAUGAAGAUGGAUCUUACUUGCUAGUUGAUGCGAAUGGCGUUCAUCCCAUGCCCGUCAUUAAUGGGCAGUACUUGAGAAAGUACUACGCUUGA